AUGUUAUUAACAUCAAAUUUAAUAUUUUUAGUUUACUCAACUUUAUCUAAUUCUAUAUUAAUAAAUAGAUUAGGUACAAUAACAAUAAUAUUUACAUUUAUACUAUAUAUAAAUUCAAUAAGUAUAGUAAGUUUAACACCAGGUAUAACAAUAUUUAAUAAUUGAUUUAAAUUAACAACAUAUAAUUUACCAUUAACAUAUUUAAUAUUUGGGAUAAUAAUAAUAUUAUUAUUAUAUAAUACAACAAAUGUAAAAUAUAAUUUAAAAUCUAAUUUUUAUAUAUUAUUAAUAAUAUCUAAUAUGAUAGGUUUAAUAUUAUUACCAUUAGUAAAUGAUUUAUUAACAUUAUAUAUAAUAAUAGAAUUACAAAGUUAUUCAUUAUAUUUAUUAACAGGAUUACAUAAUAAAUCAUAUAAUGCAUCAAGAGCAUCAUUAUUAUAUUUUAUAAUGGGAGGUAUAGCAUCAGUAAUAAUUUUAAUGGGAUCAUAUUAUAUAUAUAAUAUAACAGGUACAACUAAUUUAACUGAUAUAUCAUUAUUAAAUGAUAUAAUAAAUACAAAUAAUAAUAAUAAUUAUAUAAAUUUAUCAAUAAAAGAUUAUUUUGAUAUAAUAGUUAUAGCAUUAUUAUUUAAAAUGGGAUUAGCACCAUUACAUCGUUGAAGUAUAUCAGUAUAUAAUUAUGCACCUACAUAUAUAACAGCAUAUAUAAGUAUAGUAGCUAAAAUAUCUAUAGGAUGUUGAUUAUAUGUAAAUUCAAAUUUAUUUAAUAAUUAUAUAUUUAUAAUAUUCUUUUAUGUAUCAUUAUUAAUAGGAUCAUAUAAACCAUUAUAUCAAAUAAAUAUAAAAACUAUAUUAGCAUAUAGUGGUAUAUUAAAUUUUGGAUAUGUAUUAUUAACAAUAAUAACAUAUGAUAUAUCAUUUUAUGUAUAUAUAAUACAAUAUGUAUUAACACAUAUAAUAUUAUUUAUAGGUAUAUUAAGUGCUAGUGAAUAUAUAGAAAAACCAAUAACAAAAUGAUCACCAUUAUUAUAUAUACAUCAAUUAAGAUUACCAAAUUUAACAUUAUCAUUUAUAUUAAUAUUAGCAUUAUUUUCAUUAAUAGGUAUACCACCUUUACCAGGUUUUUAUGCUAAAUUAUAUGUAUUAACAGGAGCAAUGCAAGAUAAUUAUAUAUUAGAAACAUGUUUAAUAAUAGUAUGUAGUGUAUUAGCUACUUAUUAUUAUUCAAAUAUAAUAAAAAUAUUAAUGACAAGUAAAAAUGAUAAUAAAAUAUUAGAAGUUAAUAAUAUUAAUUCAACUAAUGCUUAUAUAUUAUCAAUAUGUUUAAUAUUAUUAUUAACAUUCUUUAUAUAUUUACCAUAUUUAUUAGAAGGGUUAUAUAUUAUAAUAAUAUAA